AUGACGGACCAGGAAACUCCGGACUCUUUGAAGCAUGAAGACUAUUUCAAUGUAAGAAAACUUGUGACUGUGAAAGAUCUAUUUUUAGUAAACGCCCAUUUAGGUCACAAUAAAGGAUGUCGUGAUGUGUACAUGUCACCGUACUUGUUUGGCACCAGGGGUGACAUGGAUAUUUUUGACUUAGAGCAGACAGCUCCACUCUUUCAAGAUGCUUUGAAUUUCGUAGCCCAUAUUGCUUACAGAGGUGGAGUCAUUCUGUUCAUCAGUAGAAACAAGGCUAUGCUGCCAUAUAUAGAGAGCACUGCAAAAUCUUGCGGGGAGUACGCUCACUGUCGAUUCUGGCAACCAGGGCUGUUUACUGAUAUGCCGAGGGCUUUUGAACAAAGGAUACGUCUACCGGAUGUUUGUAUCUUUGUUAAUACUUUAAACAGUGUGUUUGAAAGUCACAGAGGUGUAAUUGAGUGUGCGAAGAUGUUGAUCCCUACGAUAGGAAUUGUUGACUCUAAUUGUGAUCCGAGGUUAAUUUCAUACCCAAUACCAGCUAACGAUGACUCGUACAAAGCUUGCAGAUUAUACCUUAGACUGUUUAAGGAAGCUAUAUUAGCAGGAAAAAAGAAAAGAGCAGAAGAAAGUAAGCAAAUAUUUGAGGAAGUCAAAGAAGAUGUGAUUGAAGAGGUGGAUGAAGAUAUAAAUGAAGAUGAUGACUUACCAAGUAUAUAAUGAUGAUGAUGCCUGUUCUUACAUAUUGUCACCUUAGUGCAGUAACAGGUUAACUCCUUAUAUAAUGUAAUAGGAGUUAACCUGUUACUGCACUCAGGUGACGAAAAUGUUCUUUUAAAAUUGCAAACAAUGUUGUUUUUUCUUAAAGAAGAAUUAAAGUUUACUACCAUACUGUA